GUCGUUACUCGUUAGUGGUUGCUCAAUAGUCAAUAGCACAUAGUUCAUUCGGCCAAGAGCGAACGUCACCCUGAUCUAAUUUAAACUAAAACCGUCUAAUAAAAAAUGGUCUAUCCAAAUUUUAUAUUAAAAAUAAUAAUAAUAAACGUGUACGGUUAAUUUAAAAUGGACUGGAGUACGCUGCAUGAAAGUGUCCGUGUUUGACACUUGGGAUAAAUCAUACCUAAAUUUGUUUCAGACGAGUUACUUCGGCCUGGAGCCCUUUUCCUUACGGUUUUGUACAUUUUUCUGAAAUUUAAUAUUUAUUAUAUUUUUUCAAUAUCUUCGGGAACCUGGAUGUGAGAAGAGGUUACCUGGGUUCAACGGUUUCUUCGCUUCACUUGACACUGCCCCAGCCCCAGUCUUGUUGACCAUGUCGGAGCUUUUUUUCCUGUGUUUAGUAAAUCGCAUGAUGUAAAUAAAAAGCUUUUUUCUUGAAGCGAACAAAAUAACGACAACAGAACGCAUAUUCUGAUAUGGAAGCUGCACAGAACAGGGGCAACGUAUGCAGAUUUCAUCCGUUUCAUGGUGAGAACAUAAUUUUGAAUGAAGACAACACAGUCGCUUUCAGGAAGACGAGUUUUGCAAAUGGGCUUACUUUCAGUGCUGAGCCACUCCUCCCAGGUGAAAUAUUCCUUGUAGAAAUAGAAAAGAAUGAAAGAGGUUGGAGUGGAUAUAUGAGGUUGGGCCUUACUCAGUUAGAUCCACAGAAUAUAUCACAGAGCAAUGACCUCCCUCGUUAUGCCCUCCCUGAUCUGACAAACAUGAGCAACUCAUGGAUUUAUGCAAUUACAAAAAACAAUGCGUAUGUUUUUGAUGUCGACCCUUCCAUGCCUAUUGACUACAUUGUAAAUGUUAAUAGCAAGCCAAACCACAGUGAAACAGUUCACACACCACGUGGACUCAUUCAUAGAAACGAUUUACGACCACCGCUAUUCACCGAAUGCAAGGAUAUUCUGCCAACCGACGUAGGGAGUAGGAUUGGAGUCUUUUUUGUCCCAAUGAAAAAUUGCCCAGCUGGUGAUUUGGCUGAAAUGCAUUUCGUCAUCAAUGGAGAAUUCAAAGGACCAUGCACAAUUAACAUUCCUUACAAAGAUGCACCACUUUAUGCUGUAGUUGAUGUUUACGGAACUACCAAACAAGUUCGCAUAGUUCAAUUGUGCGGUGUGACAUCACUUCAGAGUGCUUGUAGAGAGACUAUCCUUCGAAACCUCAGUGUUAACAAUGUUUAUGAUCUUCCCUUACCGAAGAUACUAAAAGAUUAUAUCCUGUAUAAUUAAUAUUGUAAUAAUUAACAAACUAUAUAUAUGUAUUAUAGUGAUAUUCUUUAUUUCCAUUUUCUUUAUGACAUUGUUGUGCCAAAUGAGGAAUAAACACUUCACUGGA